UCUCGCGCGAGUCUGUGUGUGUGUGUUGGGGGUAUCGUGUGUAUUUGUGUGUGUGUCAGCCCGGCACAGUGAGCACAGAGAGGGAGAGAGAGAGAGAGAGAGUAAGAGGGAGAGUUUUGUACCGGGGAGGGACAGACAUCCUCCAGCGGGGGAGCAGAGCCUCAGUCUGGGCAGCCAGGAGCAGCGCUGUCUGCCUCCCCAUCAGCGCCACCACCACCCGUCUGCAUCCCGUUUUGGACUAGACACCCCGUGCUGUGGCACUGUCUACAAGCAGGGGUGUGCGUGUGUGUGUGUGUGCGUGUGUGUGUCAGUCGUGGAGACAAUAAAAUCCAGCAGCGUCUUCGGUCCCCCAUAACGCGAACAGGGGAGCACAGCAGAGGAGCGAGAGCGGGGGGUACCGAAGGUGGCAUGGAGGAGAGGUGCGUGUGUGCACGGAGGCAGGGCUGUGGGAUGUGGUGUCUGACGGACGCGGAGAGAUGCUGUGAGCUCUGGUAUUAGCAGGCAGCUGCGCACCGAGCUGCUCUCUCCCCUCCCUCCCUUCCUCAGCUGCUCUCCUCGCACCGACCAUUCGCUGAAACCGGGGAAUCGGCUCCACACGGCUCGCUGUGCUCACAACCGCUGGCGUCCUGCACGGGGGGAUUUGACACAACCAGAGAAAUGCUCCUUUUCCGGAAGAAGGCCACUGGAUUUAAAAGUAUUCUUGAGUCUCUACGCACACUGUGGUUUUAGUGGUUGUGAGCUGGGAUCCCACUGUCAAGCACUGGCUGAUUGUGCUUGGCUCACCUCUGCUGUAUUCUCAGCCAACUUGUUCUUUCACUCGAUGAUUAAAACAGUUCACAGGAUUGCCAUCCAUGGUUUCUACCUUAAUAAAUACUAUAUCAUCCUACAUUAAAAAGAUUUGCAAAGGAAUGUUUACAAAGAAAUUGGCAAACCCAAUCAAGAAGAAAGAGAGAAGCGAAAAUAAAGAGCCUAAAUUGACCACUGAUUUGCAAGCACACAAUCUAACUCUCUCCACCACACUGAAGACUACAGUUAAAAAGAUUUCCAAAUGCUCUUCGGCACGUAACAUAUCGCUUGAAGAAGACGACGGAAAGAACGACUGCUCAUCCCUGUCACCCACUUUCAGUUAUCGUGUAGCUAUAGCAAAUGGACUCCCGAAAAACUCUCUUUAUUUGAAUAAUAAUGAAAGUAUCUUUCCUGAGGUUCUUUCUAUUGAUAGUAGUUACUCUGACUCUUUGAGUGAGACGAAACUUGUCAGGAGACUGGAUGAGCAUAAAUCACACACUAUGCCAGUGAGACGAAACAGGAAGAGCCUCAUCAGUUUGGCUCCCUCUGAUGGCAGCUCUGAGGGUGAACGUGUGGAACGCUCCAGUCUACACACACUCCGGCUGGGUGCUCUACGCAAGUUAAGGAAAUGGAAAAAGAGUCAGGAAUGUGUCUCCUCAGACUCCGAGGUGAGCAACUGGAGGAAAACCUUGGGCAUCCGGAGCAAGUCUUUGGACCGCGCUGGACGGCAGCAAAAGAGCUCGACCCUGGAGCCUGGCUCUUCCUCCACAGGUUGCAUCAGUCAGACCCAGGAUGUCAUGGAGAUGAUCUUUAAGGAGCUACAGGGGAUCAGCCAGAUAGAGACAGAACUGUCUGAGCUACGUGGCCAUGUAAAUGCCCUAAAAAGUUCUAUUGAUGAGAUCUCCAGCAGUGUGGAAGUAGUUCAGAGUGAGAUUGAGCAGCUUCGCUCAGGAUUUGUCCAAUCUAGAAGGGAAACACGUGAUAUUCAUGACUACAUAAAACAAAUUAGCCACCAGGCCAAUAAUUCAACCUUGAGGUUCCUCAAUGUACCUGAAGAAAGGUCAGAGAAAACAGAAAGUGUAAUAUACAAAAUACUAAAAGACAAAAUGGGUUUCAUUGAUGCCCAUAAAACACUUAAAAUCGAGCUUGCUCAUAGGUUAGGGCAACAAAGAGAAUGUUCUAAUGCAAAACCCCGCCCUAUUAUUGUUAUUUUUGCAACAACCCAAGACAGGGAUAUAGUCUUGAAAAAGUGCUAUAAACUUAAAGGAACAGGCAUUACAGUCUCUACUGAUAGCUUAACUCAUGAUGGAAAGGAGAGAAAAGACAAAACAAUGUCUUCCUCACAAACCUAUGAAAGCAUGGAUAUAAAGGUCUCAGGAAAGGAUAAAGUGGUAGAGAGUGAUGACUGGGACUCAAUGGACAGUGAUAAGGAAUUAGACGAACUGAGCAGGAAUAAAUAUGCAAUGGUGAUUUCAAAGCCUGUUCACAAGAGUAAAUCAGAGAAGAGGCGAUCCCAUGACCAUAGCCGGUCAGGAGAGGAAGCAGGCUACUCAGGCGCAGUUCACUAUGCUGAUGACUCUUACUAUGACCCAGACAAGCAUGCAAAAGCUUACUACUCUGAUUUGACCCCUGGUUGGCUUUCCCAGAGUGACUACUCCACCCCUAAACUCAGCCGCUCUGAGUCUGACUGCUCAAAACUUUGCCAGUCAUACUCAGAAGACUUUUCAGAGAGUCAGUACUUUACACGGGCUAAUGGCUGCUCCCUGCUGUCCUCCUCAGAUCAGGAACUGUGGCAGAGAAAACAAGAAGACAUGGCCUCCUCCUGGUAUGCCAGUGAUAGUAACCCACUCAGCCACGAGAAUCAAACAUAUGAACACAAUGAGGUGGAGACCACAGAAACUAUUGACAGUGGGGUGAGCAAUGGACUUGUCUGCAUGUCUGGGGACAGAAGCCACUACAGUGGUUCCCAGCUCUCUCUGCAAGGUGACCUAUCACCCUGGAAAGACUGGCAUCAUCUCGAGCAGGGUGCUGACUCUGGCUUGGAAGCCUCCAUCGAAGUUAGCAGUCCCUUUGACCCAUCAACCAUCCCUGGUUUUCCAGAAAACAUCACUAAAUGUCAGGAGGUUGAUUUACAAUUUGAAGGAGAAGAGGAAUUCAUGAUGCUUGACAGAGAAACUUCCCUACCACCUAUAACCACCCACAUUAUUCCUCCCAUCACAGAACGCGAGUCUGUCAUUAAGCCAUCUGUCCGGCACUCUAAGGAGGGAAAUAAGAUUAUCACAAAAGAAUCCACAAAAAUAACAUCUAAAGACACCUCUAAAGCUGCUGCUAAAGCUACACAUAAACAAACUAAAUUGGCUCCUAAAGAAGAAACCACCAAAAUAUUGCCAAAGGAAAGCCCGAAGGUAUCUGCUAAAGUUUCAUCUAAAGUGACCUCUAAAGCAGCUCCUAAAGAGUCACCGAAAGAGAUUCAGAAAUCAGCAGUUAAAGAGUCCUCUCAAGCUCUCCUUAAAGACAGUCCUAAAGUCACACAUAAAGAUGCCACAAAGCCCACUGUUAAAGAAGUAUCUAAAGUGACACCUAAGAUAAAUUCUAGUGAGGCUGCGAAAGUCACUCCCAAAGUAACUCCAAAAGAUAGCCCAAUAAUGACUCCUAAAGAAAGUCCCAAAGAGUCACCUAAAGAGAGCCCUAAAAUAACCCCAGUUGAGAGCCCUGUUUUAACACCUAAAGAGUCACCUAAGGAGUCUCCUAAAGUCAUUGCUAAAGAUGCCCCACAUGUUGCAUCUAAAGAAGGUAUGAAAGUUAUUGCUAAAGAGGUUACCAAAGAAGCUGCAAAACUACCCCCAAAAGAGUUCCCAAAAGAGACGCCUAAAGUAGCACCCAAGGAGACUGGUAAAGCACCCACACAAGAAGUUUCAAAGAUAGCACCUAAAGAAGUUUCUAAGGUUCCAUCUAAAGAAGUUGCUAAGAUUCCACCUAAAGAAGCCCCGAAGGUGGCCCCUAAAGAGACUCCUAAGGUUCCCCCCAAAGAGACCCCUAAAGCCACCGCAACAGAAGUCCCUAAAGUAGUACCCAAAGCAGCCUCUAAAGAUGCCCCUAAGGAAACCCCCAAAGUAGUUUCCAAAGAUAAAUUCCCUGAACUGGAUGUCAAUCAUAGCUUUCACCAGGCCCAGAAUAAGUCUACAACUAUGUACCGCAGUCAGAGUGAGAUUCGAACAGAGAAGGUUGAGGAGGUUCCCAAAUCUUGGAGUAGUAGGCUAAGCAUAGAUCUCAGUGAGAAGUCCUUUGGUUUUGGCUUUGGGUCUACACUGCAGAGGGCUAAAUCAGCUCUGGAGGUAGUUUGGAAGUCUGGCUCUCAGACUCCUACCCCCGCUCCUCCUGAGGAGACCACCAACUCAUCAUUUAUGGGGCGUUUCCGCACCCUGUCCACCUCUGGUGCAAAUACCUCUACUACUACAACAGAUUCAGAUGCCUACACAGAGCCUAUCUUCAACAAGGCAGAGGAAGAUAAACCAGGUGCAGAGGCAGAAGCUGGGGAACAACCCGUGGACAAUGAGACCCACUAUGUUGAAGUAAUGGAGCAGGUACUAGCUAACUUGGAGAACAGAACUAAUGCUAAUGAGGCAGAGGAGACAGAGGAGACAGAAGAGCCUGCACAAGAGUAUGAGACCUCUCAGGACUAUGAUGUAUCUGAUGACAUUGACGCCUCUCAAGACAAUGAUGCCUUUCAGGAUGACGAGGCCUCUCAAGAUUUUGAAGCCACAGAGGACUAUGAGGCAAGUAAAGAGGCACGUGUUCUGGAGUAUGACUGCAGUUUGGACGAAGAGUAUAGUGAAGACUUUGAAACCCAACUCACUGAGGACACGGCUGAAUAUGAUGCAAUGGUGGAGUAUGUAGAUGUAGAAGAACCAGAUGACAAUGAUGUUACAGAAGAGAUGGAAGAGGGUGAUGAGGAGUUAGAGGAGGUAGAGGAGAUAGUAGAGGAGGCUACUGAGGUGACUGAAAAAGUGGAGGAACAGCAGGAGGAUGAAAACAAAAAUGUUCCAGAGGAGAAGCCUGCAGAGGCACCAACUAAGAAACGUGUUCGACCCACCUUUAAGGAGGCAGCUCUGAGGGCCUACAGGAAGCAGAUGGCUGAACUGGAGCAGCAGAUCCUGGCAGGAGCCUCGCAGUCUUUUGGACCCCAAAGUGCUCGGCUUGCAGUCUGGAGGGGCUGGCAGUAUUCUUUAUGGUAUUGACAGCAUGCCAGAUUUACGCCGCAAGAGGACAGUGCCUCUUGUCCGAGACCUGG